AUGAAUAUCAUUUACUUCCAGAUUGACGCCGCUACUGGCCGCAGCUACACAUAUGCACAAAUUAAGGUUUUAAUGAAAAAAUUUGCAUCGGCUUUGAUGCGUCGUGGCUUGAAAAAGGGGGAUGUUGUAGCCGUUUAUUCACCCAAUAUCCCUGAAUAUCCCAUCGUUUUCUUUGGUACUAUCGCUGCUGGAGCAACAGUAACGACGUGUAAUCCACUAUAUACCGCGAAAGAGUUAGCACAUCAGUUAGAGUUAUCUGGUGCUUCGCAUAUCUUUACAGUCAAUCUUUUUGCCGAGAAAGCUAAAGAAGCAGCUGCAUUAAGCCAUAUCUCAAAUGUUUACGUUCUUGGAAGUCCUACUGGUGAUGGCAUUACUUCAUUUCAAGAUUUAUUAGCGGACGAUGGUAGCUAUUAUGUUCCAGCAAAGAUCAAUCCUCGCGAAGACGUAGCUGUAUUGCCAUUUUCUAGUGGUGUUAUGCUAACUCACUAUAACAUCAUCAGUAAUGUUAGCCAAGCUGCUAUGAAGCCUUUCUUCAAUGUCGACACUGAUGAUGUUAUCCUAGCUCUGCUGCCUUGGUUUCACAUUUAUGGUAUGGUUACUAUACUAUUUGUUGGAAUUCGCUAUGGAUCUAAAGUUGUAUCAAUGUCAAGGUUCGAACCAAAGGCUUUUCUAGAGUGUAUCCAAAAAAAUAAAAUCACGGUUGCACCCAUUGUACCUCCAAUUGCCGUUUUCCUAUCUAAACAUCCACUGGUAUCACAGUUUGAUGUUAGCAGUCUUAAAGAUGUUAUAAGUGCUGCAGCCCCGCUGGGGAAAGAAACACAAUCAUCACUUACCAGCCGAUUGGGUGUUUCGGUUAGACAAGGUUUCGGAAUGACUGAGCUAAGCCCUGUUGCUACGGUCUCUCCAGCCAAUGAAUCUGUUCCUGGCUCAGCUGGAAUUCUCGUUGCAAAUACCAAAGGAAAGGUUGUGGAUAUCGAAACAGGUAAAGCUUUACCUGCCAGAAAAUCUGGUGAAUUGUGCUUUAAAGGCCCUCAAGUAAUGAAAGGGUAUUUGAAAAACCAAGCAGCAACUGACAAAACAAUUGAUCAAGAUGGAUGGCUACAUACUGGCGAUAUUGGCUACUAUGAUGAAUCGGGAAAUUAUUUCAUUGUUGAUCGAUUGAAAGAGCUGAUCAAAUAUAAAGGCUUUCAGGUUCCACCUGCUGAACUAGAAGAAUUACUUUUAACUCAUCCCAAGAUUGCUGAUGUCGCAGUGAUAGGCAUUCCUGAUGUAGACGCUGGUGAGCUACCAAAGGCUUUUAUAGUCAAAAAAAGCGAUGAUUUAAUAGCUGAAGAAGUUAUACAGUUUGUUGCUGGAGAAGUGGGACCACAUAAAAAGUUACGAGGUGGCGUUGAAUUUAUUGAGGCUAUACCUAAGUCAGCUAGUGGUAAAAUUUUACGACGCCAGUUAAAAGCUCAAGAAAUUGAGAAAUAUAAGAAAGUCAAUUCAACUCGAUUUUAA